GAUCUCGGCGAUAAUCUUCUUACAUCGAUUGAUCGUCUACUAAUCUUCGAACAAACAGGGCUUUAAGAGUAAGCUGAUUUUGCAAUUAGAGAGAGAGAGAAAGAGAAUCGCUCUGAGCCUCCACCGUCGCGUCGACCGACCGCCAUCGUCACUGCCUCCCUCUAGCCCCCCAAAUGCAGAUGUUAAAUUUUUGACAUAAACACAUGGAGAGUGCCAACAACAACAACAACGAUGAUGAGACCUUUCCUACAGGCCAACUCAAAUGGAGAAAAGUUGCCUAUGGAGGAAUGCAACCCGGGUUUGAUGACAACCAUACAGACGAAUCUUUCCUUGAAGAAAUGGUUAUGAAUGCUAAUGUCGUCAAACGAGACAUGCUAAAGGUGAUGCUAGACUCGGUUUCCAUAACUCAGUAUCUUUCCAUUGUCACUCUGGUACUCUUGGUUUGGAGCUAUACUCUGGAAUCAGCUAUCAGCGACAGUUUCCUCCUGCUUCUUGACAUCAUCCUUCUUGGGCUAGGUUUCUUGGUACUUCUCUUAACAACCAGAAUGCUUUCCUUGGCUUACAUACUGAAAAUAUCAUUUUUCAUUACCGGGUUAUACAUCUUAUCACCUAUAUACCACACGCUAACUCGAUCCAUAAGCUCUGAUUCUAUAUGGGCACUAACUGCCUUUCUUAUCAUUCUUCAUCUUUUUCUUCAUGAUUAUUCUGGGUCCACUAUACAGGCUCCUGGGGUCGGAGAACAUCAUCAUCCUACCUUUAUGAGCAAUAUAUCGUUGAAUGCUUCAAUUGUGGCUUCUCUUCUGAUUGCCUCUCGUCUCCCAUCUCGUCUUCAUGUCUUUGCCAUUGUGCUCUUCUCCUUGCAAGUUUUCCUCUUUGCUCCACUUGUAACAUAUUGCAUUAAGAAGUACUCUUUUCGGUUGCAUCUCUCUUUAUCGUUGGCAUUAAUGGUUGCGACAUCGAUGCUUGUUUUUAGACUGCACGGUUUACUGUUUGUGUUUUUCCUAAGCUCGAUAGUGUUGAUUACUGUUGUUUGCCCUUAUUGGCUUAUAAGGAUUCAGGAGUACAAGUUUGAAAUUAAUGGCCCCUGGGAUGAGGCAAAACUUUGUUUUAAUAUAACUGAAUGAUGAACUCAUGUGUUCAUUUUUGUUG